AAUUGCACCAUCGCAUGUGCAGGGGCUGGGAGUCAGUUGCAGGCGGUGUUUUAUUGACUUUCCGCCCCCGGGAGGGGCCUGGGCCCUGGCGUCUCUGCUCAGCCCCCCCCCGCAGGUGCAUUCAGAGGCAGGGUUCGAGGCAGACGGAACCCCGGCUCCCCCCCCGGCCUUCCUCCUCCUGCCGCAACGCGGAAGCGGGAGGCCAGAGUCUGCCCGGACGGCCCUCGCCAGCUGCCAUGGCCCUGCCAGCCCCCCUGGUCCUGCUCGCCGCCCUCGCCCUGUGCUGGGCCCGCGGGGAGAGACCCACCGUCCGCCUGCUUGACCAAGAGGGCCCGAUACUGGAGGGCAGCUACGUGACCAUGGAGUGUCUGACGGACGAGGACGGCGCUGACAUGAGCCAAUUCACCUUCCAGAAAUACAGUCGGUGGCUCCAGUCCUGGGUCUCCCUGGACCGACCCGACCGGCUGCGCUGCUGGUUCUUCGACGUGAACGUGACGCGGGCGCACGGGCGCCUCCUGCUGGCCAUCGAGGCCCUGCAGUCCUGGCACGCCGGGGCCUACCGCUGCCUGGCCGCCAACGCCACGGGCAACGCCAGCGCCUCUGCCGAGAUCCGCCUGCGCGUGGAGUAUCUGCGGAGCGUCUACGUGACCCGCGCCCACACCUGGUGCGGGACCGUGGGCGACUCCCUGGCCGUGAUGGAGGGCGAGGAUCUGGAGCUGCAGUGCUCGGCGGACGCCUCCCAGCCCCCCGUGUACGAGUGGAGCCGCCAGGGGGACGACUGGGUGGUGGCGUCCAGCUCGCUGAGCCUGCCCCAGGUGAGCCAGGAGCAGGCCGGGACCUACGUGUGCCGGGCGCGGCACCCCGGCCUGCCCCACCUGGCGAGCAGCCGGGCCGUGCGGCUGGACGUGCAGGGGGCGCAGAGCAGCUACCGGCUGGAGCCGGGGCUGGGGCUGAGCACCCCCAUGCUGUUGCUGGCCGUGGGGCUGCCGGCCCUGCUGCUCCUGCUGCUGGUGGUGGGGCUGGGCGCCUUCGUUCUGCGGCACCGCGACGCCCCCAAGGUCCCGGCCAGGGAGGAGCCCGGCCAGCGCACCCCAAUCUACAAAGGCAGCCUGGAGUCGGUCCCCUCGGCCAUGGGGGACCAGCAGCCCCUGGUGCUGUGAGAUGGGACCUGCCUCCCACCCCAGGCAAAACCGCAACAGUCGUCACGGACGAGAUUCAGCCACUUCUAGAAUCAGCGGGGGGGCCGUUAUGGGGGGGCCGGAAAUUAUUGGGGGCUCAGCUGUGUUUUCUGAGGGGAGGCUUAUUAUGGGGCAGUUUCUAUACGUAGUUGAUGCAAAUAGAGCCAGUAUGGGGGGUGGGGAGCUACUUUGUGGGGGGGACUUGUAUCAUUCUUUUGGGUUGGGGGGGUGGAUCUUGGGGCGCUGGUUCCCCUGAGCUUGGGGGGACAGUUUGACCAGCCCAACUCCCCUUGCAGUUCAAGAGCCCCCCCUGGGUGAUCUAUUGGGGGGCUCUGAUUUUAGGGGGCUGGGAGCUUGGUUUUGGGGAUAUCGGCAUUCGAGGUGGGAGCCAACCCCGAGGUUUGUUAUGGGGGAGGGGGUUGUUCAUGGAACCCUCCCAAAAUGCAAACCUCCCUCCACCCCCAAAUUCACCCCUGCAGGGGUCACCAGAGACCCCCCCAAUCUCCAGAGGCCUGGAUCCCCACCCCUUAACAUCUAAACUGAUUUAAUUUGCUUUUUUAAUUGGGAGACUGUAAUCAAUGUGGUGGGGGAGGGGCUAGGGCAGCCUGAGGGGGGUCCCCCUAAACUGCCCCCCCCCAUGCUGAUUCCCUGCAAUCUGCUCUCAGCCCUUUAAUUUCAUCUCCUCUGUGUGUAAAUCCUUGCGGGGCCAGGGGCUGUCGUGUUGUUUUUGCGGGGGGGUUGAUUUCUUAUUGCUUAAAAUCUGGAGAUUGUAGUUCUGUGGGAGGCGCCCGGCCCUUUAAAUGGAGGGUGCGGGGGGGGGGCAUGGGCCAGCGCCCCCAGCUUGAACGUGAUUAAAAUGACACUUUAAAACUCUG